UUGUGCCACCGUUGACAGUUUAACACACUUAUCGAUAUGUACACGGUAUGCAUACACAGAUGGCUUUAUCUACACCUGUCGUUUUUCAAAAUUGUAAAUUUGAUUGUGUGAGUCUAAUUUUUUUAGAAAAUUGUAGCUGUUGAAACACAUAAAAAAGUGUUUCUGGUGCAAUCAUAGACAGGAUAAACCAGUAGGCCUGUAAGAUGGAAACAGCGAACACGUUCAGACCAAACUCAACGAAAGCUGCCUUAUGGAAACAGGUCGACGAGCAGAGUGAUGUAUGCGAUUUCACCAUCAAAGUUGGAGAUUGGGCAAAGAGAUUUCAUUCUAGUAUUAUGAUGGCGAGCCCAUUCUUUCAGUGUGUCAUUGAUAGCGAGUUCAUGUUGUGUAAGCCAGCAUGCAUCGAGCUUACUGCUACGGGCGCUUCAUCUGCUGAAAUGACGAUAUUGUUCUUGUAUGGCAAGUGCCCUACACUGACCGAGGCAAACAUCAACGAGAUGUUCAGUCUUGCCGAAUUCUUGCUCAUACCAAACCUUAAAGCACUCUGUGUAAAAUUUGCUCAGUGCAUAACCAUAAGCAAAGAAAACGUAAUAGCCCAACUUAAACUGGCAUCACUUUACGAAUUUGAUCACCCGCGUGCUCUCGAGUAUGUUCACAGUCAUCUCGAUGAUCUUCUGGAAGACGAUUCUCUUAUACCAGCUUCGAAAGACUUCAUUCAGUCUCUGUUUGCUAAUGAAACGCUUCGGUAUAUUUCAAUGGACACUAGACUACACUUUUUGAUACGCUGGACUAAGUAUGAUGCAAUGGAGAGGAAACGUAUAUUUCAAGAUUUCGUUGCAUUACUAGAUAUUAUUCAGUUAAGUGAGCAAGCUCUUCGUAGCGCUGCAACUGAACUAGGAGAACAAUGUUGUGCAAACUUAUUACAAAUCAAUGAAGGUUUAGAACGCUUCAAACCGCGGGAAAUAAUUGCAACUAUCUCAAGAUACAGUUCUUACCCUUCCAAAUGGUAUGACAUAAAUAACGAUCAAUGGAUGAAUCCUUCGGUGCCCAUCGACACGCAAAAUACUAAUAGACAUAACUUCACCUUUGCUUGCGCUCUCAACCCAUUUUCAUAUGGCGUAUGCUUUCCCUCGAAAAUAGAAAUUGUUGAUGUGUUGACAAAUUCUUAUAAUAUUGUAAAUUUAUCAAAUGAAAGCACUGACAUAUUUGAACAUGUUUGUGCAAACUCCAGUACAGUUUUAGCAACUUCGUUUCAAAAGGUGAAAGUUCUUAAAAGUGAAGAACAGAUAAAAGUCGACGAAAAUAUCCGCGCUUAUCAAGCUCAAGCAAUGAUGCUUCAAGGUGUUCCUUUGCAUUACAUUUUGAUGUCGCUUAAUGAGGUAUCACCAACAGCAACGGUACGUAAAAUGAUGCUCCAUAUUGGGAACAUAGAAGCGUCAUCUACCGACGUUGCAAUGAGACCACUAUUUACUUUAAACUCCUCUGAAAAUGUCAAGGUUUAUAUUAACACAGCACACACUUGCGCGAUUGUGAACAAAAAAAAUAUUAUUCUAUUUGAUACCUUGACAUAUCAAAUGGACACGUUUGAAAAGAUCAACAUAACCAAUUCAUAUCAGGUAGUACCUCAUGGUGAUGGUUUCGUGCUUCAUGACGACACGCACGCAGUUUGCAUACAUAAAGUAUUUGGACCAUGUCUCAAGGAGAGAUAUAUCUUUAGAUCGUUUACUUUACCACAGGACAGGGAUAAGGACGGCCAUGUUCGACCCGGUCGAUUCCAAUAUCGACUGAUAGGUGAUUUGUGGAUCCGCGGUAAACAAUAUGAAGAAAACGUUUUUGAGAAGUCUUUGGAGAGAUUUACUCUUCAUUGGGUAGCCGAUCCGAACACCUUCACUUGGAAACAGUGCUCUAAGACAUACGUCAUAGGUGACCUGUUUUCAAGUCUUACAACUGCCAUGCUGCUGAGGGUCCCUAUGGAAAAACUCAGAUGCCACAUUGAUUGCCCGCAUUGCAAGGCGUUGCAGAAGACACGACAAACUUAUGAUACGAACGAUUUUGCCUACGAAAGAAGACAGUGCUUAUGGAAAGCGGAUGAAAAUGAUUCAGACGAUGCAAGUUUUGGUAAAUACGAACCUAAACGAACAUAUUAUGCGGAGUAUGACGAUGAGUAUUACGAUGAUGGUUAUAAUUAUUAUGACUCAGAUUAUUAUUAUUACGACUCCUCGGAUUGAGCCUUAACUAGGAUUUCUGAUUCCAAACAUGACAUUUUUUUAUAAAUGAACCCCGCUCUGUGUAAAGGGGGUUUAAUGCAUGUGACAUCCCAGAUAAGCCUGUGAUGUCCACACAGUCUUAUCAGGGACGACCCUUUCACCUUGUAGGAUAAUUUUCGUUUAAAGAAAGUCUCUUCUUAGCAAAACUCCAGGUUAGGCGGAAAAUGUCAUUUAUGAUUAGACUGUGCGGAUGACACAUGCAUUUAACCCUCUUUUCACAGAGCACGGCUCAAAUGGAUAUGACUGACAAAAUAUGUUAGUCGCUGUCAUUAUGCGUACUUAAAGAUAAUUGGAUCCAGUGUUAUUAAUUAGAGGUUAAUACCUCGUUGCUUGAGGGCCAGAAGUGAUAAUCGGCCCGCAGAGUGAAUAAUCGCCCCGAAGGCCAUAGGCGAUGGUAUUUACGUUUUUAAUACUUAAUCCCCGUUAACUGUACUAUUUAUUACAGAACCAGCUUUCCGAACUUUAAUUUUCAUUCAAUUGAUCGUAUGACGUAUUUAUGACGUAACACAUGUGACGUAAUUUCUGUGACGAAACACAGUUUUAGCUUGACUCUGGAUUUUAGGGACAACAAUUCCGUCGUGGAGGGUUAAUAUUUAACAGUUAAAUAUUUUUAGCAUCGAACGAAUCCAAAACUUAUUUCGGAUUGACUUUUGUGUGUUUGUCAUGCAUUAUAAUAAAUCAAUUUUGUUUAAAUCGUUUAAAAAGUGUGAUUUAAAAUCAGUUUAAAAUAAUUACGGAUGUUAUUACAAAAAAAGGACGCACUAGCACAUCUUUGUUAUUUUAUUAUUAUAAACAUCGGAUUUAAGUUGUCGAGGUAAUUGUUUCUUUAACUAUACAUUUUGCUGUUGGAUGAUUCCUGUUAAAGCUCAAAUAGAGGCAUAUAUCUAAUGUACAGAAGAGUUUCAGUUUCAAUCGAUAUUUGUAUUAUCCAAACUGUGUGCUACGUGUCGUUAACAUUAUGUUCGAUUCUUUCUUUGAGUUGUGGUUAAUUGUAUUGAUCACCGUUGGCUGAGACUGAAUGUGGACGCCAUUUUGUUAUUACGUAACGCGUUGGCCGUAACUUAACGUGCUUUAGCUCCGGGCUGAUUAUCGACUAUCAACAUUUUUCCCUGCUGGGCCAAACGUGAUAAUCACCUUGCUUUGACCGAUAAUCACAUGCAUUCGAGUCAAUUUUGUUACUUAUAUAUAUAUUAACAUAUUAAGUAUUAAAGUGAUAUUGCUUGAAUCCGACAUAGCUCGUCAGUAAUAACCUUGGAAGUGGCGUUUAAUAAUACAUUGAUAUCAACAUAAGUAGUUACAUGGACGAAAUGAAAACAAUCUGAUCGCAUCAUAGUCGUUAUCGCUGUUUGUACGUGGCUGUUUAUCUACCAAUCGACUUCGUAAUUGAUUUCCGCUUCAGAUCUAUAUCUAACCGAUGACAAGGUGGACAAUCGUUACGACACUGGAGUAAUCGCGCGGGAAAAUUUACCGUAACAAUUUAUGGUAAAAUUAUUUUUCCAUUCGCUCUGGUAACGUCACAACACAUGGUGCAUUAGAACUUGCACAUCAAUAUUUGUAUAUGAUUUUCAUCGAUUAUUGCAAUAGCGUUUUCUAUGUUAAACAGUAGCAAGAUUGAAUGUGUUGUAAAUUUGUUGAACUGUACAUAAAAAACAUCCAGCGAUUUUGUAUAUAGUUUAAAUAUAUCAUGUGUGUCUUCUUCACCAAACAGUCUUCAGUUUUGUAUGAAUAAAUUACAUACAUAAUGCAUGACUUGAAUUAUAGUACUGCGUGUACAACACAUUAUUGUAUGUGUUCUGUUAUUUGACCCAAUUAUAAUGUUGAAUAUUAGACUUAAAAAGAGAGAAAAAAAUGUAUAACUUCUCUGGUCGAAAAUGAACGGGUAUCUGCAUCGCACUCAACCAUGAGGACAGUGACUGCUGUGCCUGUGUAUGGCCAGCAAUCCAGUAGUGUAAAUCAUCGAAGGCAACACGCAUUUGUUGACGAGUCGGUAUACAUCCAUGUUACCAGACCACAUCUGGUGUUGAAAUUUUGGAUAUUGCU